GGAGCGCGUCUGGGCGCCGCGGUCGCGUGACGCGUUUUCAAAUCUUUAACCGCCGCGGCUCCCACGUAAGGAGCUUCAACCCCUUCCUGCUCCGAAGCUCCGCGCCGGAACCGGCGCUGAAACUCAGCCAGCGGACGCGGCCCCCUCACCGCGGCAGCGGGCGAGCCUUGGAGCUUUGUGUUCGCGGCCGUCCCAUGCGGCACCCGGUGAGGACCCAGCAUGUAGGUUCCUGGUGGCUGCCAUGAACCUCGAGACCAUGAGGAUCCACAGCAAAACCCCUCUCCCGGGUGGCGUCCAAGACAAAAAUGAAAAGAACAGACCGUUUUUGAAGUCCCUGAAAGCCGAUAAUAGACUGGAAAAAUCCAAAUAUAAGCCGUUUUGGGGAAAAAUAUUUUACCUUGACUUGCCUUCUAUCAUAUGUGAAAAACUACAAAAAGAUAUAAAGGAUCUUGGAGGGCGAGUUGAAGAAUUUCUCAGCAAAGAUAUCAGUUAUCUUGUUUCAAAUAAAAAGGAAGCAAAGUACGCACAAACAUUGGGUCGAAUUUCUCCUGUACCAAGUCCAGAAUCUGCACACACCGCCGAGAACACCUCACCUCAUCCCAGCCACGAUGGAAGUUUCUUUAAGUCUCCAGACAGAGUGUGUUUGAGCCGAGGCAAGUUAUUAGCUGAAAAGGCUGUCAAGGAUCAUGAUUUUAUUCCUGUUAAUAGUAUAUUAUCAAAUGCCUUAUCAUGGGGAGUAAAGAUUCUUCAUAUUGAUGAGAUUAGAUACUACAUUGAACAGAAGAAGAAAGAAAUAUGUGCACUCAAGAAAUCAAGUACUUCUGUGAGGGAUGCGGGAAAAAAAACUGGAACUGCAGUACAAAAGACAAGAAUAGGGAGACUCAAAAAGCCCUUUUUAAAGGUUGAAGAUGUGAACCGGUCUUAUAGGCCGUUUUACCUUCAGCUGACCAGUAUGCCUUUUAUAAACUUCUUUAUUCAGAAGCCUUGCAGUCCAUUUGAUGUGGAUAAGCCAUCCAGCAACCAAAAGCAAGCUCAGCCUAAACUCAGAAUUAAUACAGAUGGCGAUAAAUACGGUGGAACCCCAGUUCAACUCCAGUUGAAGGAAAAGAGAAAAAAAGGAUAUUGUGAAUGUUGCUUGCAGAAAUAUGAAGAUCUCGAAGCUCACCUUCUCAGUGAGAAACACAAAAACUUUGCACAGAGUAACCACUAUCAAGUUGUUGAUGAUAUUGUAUCUAAUUUAGUUUUUGAUUUUGUGGAAUAUGAAAGAGACACACCUAAAAAGAAAAGAGUAAGGUACAGUGCUGGAUCCCUUUCUCCUGUUUCUGUAAGUGUCCUAAGAAGCACUGAAGCAAAGGAGAAGCUCCCCUUGCUUUCCCCCAUUUCCCAGAAGGACAGGGCAGAAAGCAGUGGGCAACUGCCCGAGCAGAGUUUUCACUAUGAAGAAGCCCGGAAACCUGAACGAAAGCUUAUGUUUGCUUCAGAACCCAUGUCCUACUCUUCAGCUGGAUUGAAAGGAUGUGAUGAGAAAGCAGUGAGCAUGUUAAAUGCAAGUGAACCUGACAGAAAACCGAAUUUUACACAGCUACCUCCACAUAAAAAUAAACAGGAAAGAAUUGUUGAUGUUUUUGAACACAAAUUCACUAUAAAUAGAAAUGAUGUCGAACAGAGGAUAGGUGCCACUCCGGGUGUGCCACAGUCAUGUGUACUAGAUUCCUAUCUCAGUAUGGAAAACAGUCCACCCCAACCAAAAUUAACAGCAGAUGUUACACAUUUUUCAACAAAAGAUCUGCAAGAAAAGGACCUUCAUUUUGUGUUUGGUCAUGAUUCUGACCUGGUGACAUUAAAUACAUCAAAAGAACAUCCAGCAGUGAAGGCUAGAACUCCAUCCUGUAGUCCUCAGGAACCUGAUAAAUGUGACACUGAGACUAUGGAUAAUUUGCCUUGUGGUAAGAUCCAGCGGAAAGUGAGAAUACUACUAGGGCAAAAGAAGAAAUACAAGGAACCACAGGCUGAAUUGGGUGAAAAAAGAACUGAGUAUCUGCCUGUACAUGAAGACAGAACUUGUGGGUCACCUGUACAGUCUCUACUGGACCUCUUUCAGACAAGUGGAGAGAAAUCAGAAUUUUUAGGCUUUACAAGCUAUACUGAAAACAGUGGGAUAUGUGAUGUUUUAGAUAUUUGGGGGGAAGAAAAUUCAAGUAGUCUGCUAUCAACAUUUUUCUCUUCUCCUUCAACUUCUACAUUCGUUGGAUUUUAGUAUUUAAUGUGCUUUCCAGAAAUGACAGUUAUAUUCCUAAAUUUUUAUUAAUACAUAUAUAAUUCUUAGGAGUUGUAGGAAGUUUGUUUUGGUUUUACCAAUUUCGUUUAUAGAGUCAUCUGUAAAUAUUAAGAUGUUUGUAA